GGCUGGUAGGGGUUUUCUAUUUAUUUAUUUUUUUGACUCCCUUUCCCCCAUCACGACCGUCCCCCCUUUCCCCGUUGUUUUUCCUCCGUGGUGUCUAUAUACAGCGAUAGUAUCUUGUUGCAUUUGGCGUGUUCCGUCCGUACUUUGCAGUUCAGCUUCGAGUCUUUCGUUUGAAAUCAUCUUUUGCAUAUUUUACAUUCGCUUCUCGACAAAAGCAAAGAUGCAGUUGACAACUCUUCUGUUGGCAUCCAUUGCCUCCCUGGCAGCUGCUCAGACUGCCACCUCCACGGCAGCCACAAGCACCUCAACCUCCAGCUGCGCUGCCCAAAACAUCCUCGAUGCCUGCCUGGCCACCAUCCAGGGACAGGUCAACUCGUGCGAGAGCACUGACUACGGCUGCCUGUGCACGCAGUACGGCAACCUGCUGACCUGCUACAACAACUGCCCCAACGACCCCGGCGUCACGUCCGUCCAGCAGGAGCGCGAGCAAUACUGCGCCGCCGCUUCCGCCUACCCGUCCACCACCACCACCGCCGCUGUCGCGACCACCACCAGCAGCGACUCGUCCAGCGCAGCCGCCACGACCACCUCGGGCUCUGCAACCUCGACCGACUUCUCGUUUGGCUCCGGCAGCUCCUCGUCCUCCGGCGCCAGCGCCAGCGCGACCGACGGUUCCUCGUCUGGCAACGCUGCUCCAACCUUGGAGCUGGGCCGUGGCAUCGUUGCUCUUGCCCUUGCCGGACUGGGUCUUGUCUUGUAAAAAAAGAAAGAAAGGACAACCACCUACAAAAAAUAGCUGGGUCAAUGUUAUUGAUACUCCUUGCUGUGUGUUCUCUGUUUUGGUCGUUCGGUUCUGGCAAGCAUUGCGUUGGGACAAGGAGGAAACAAAUAAAAAGCUUGUGCUGCCCCCUCCAGCCUGCGGCACAUUCUCUCUGGAAGCGGGCGUGGAAAGAACAAAUAGUUUAAUCAUUAUAAUCUCUCUCCAGCUUGA